GUGUUUGCAGAGGAGAGAGACAAUAUGUCUGCCGCCAUUGGUGUUCUACGUAGACAGAAUGACAACCUGACAGACUUACACCUACGAGAGCUGGAGAGAAGACAGGCACUGUUUUCCUUAAACACCAAUUUGAGCAGGGAGUUAAGAGAGAGCGCCGAGAACAACACGCUACUCUGGGCGCAAAGCCAAGAACUCCUGGAACAGAGCGCUCUCCGAAACAGUGAGAACCUUGAACUGAGGGUGGCGGCGGAACGUGUACGCUCACAGAACAAGGAGUGUGAGAGAGUGAUGCGGAACCUCACAGGAGCUCAAGAGAACGCUCAGAACUUCAGAAGAGAGGUUGCAGAGUUGAGAAACAGCAGCCAACACCUCCAAGGGGAACUCACAUCUCUGGACUUCUAUUGUCCCGUGGUUAACCAGACUACUCAGGAGCGGCGAUGUAGGUCAUGUGAAGAUGGAUGGAACCACUUCAGGUCCAAGUGCUACUUCUUCUCCAGGGACUCCAACAGUUGGGCCCAUGGCAGGACCCAGUGUCUGUCACAGGGGGCUGAUCUGCUAGUCAUCAACAGCCGUGAAGAGCAGAGAUUUGUCUUUGGAAUGAGCUGGAGGCUACACCCAGAGGAGAGAGCCUGGGUUGGGAUGACAGACGCAGAGACAGAGGGGGAGUGGAGAUGGGUGGAUGGCAGUCUGGUCAGAGACAAUGUUCAGUACUGGGUUCAGCGGGCUGAUGGCAGCAGUGAGCCGGAUGAUUGGCGGGUGUCAGACGAGCAGGGAGAGGACUGUGGGCACAUUGACACGGUGGAGACUGAGCUCAGCUGCUGGAUGGACGCACCCUGCCACGCCCACUUCAGAUGGAUAUGUGAGAAGGCCCUGUAGGUUCCUAUGGCAACAGUGGAACCUGACACCAGAACCCUGCAGGUUCCACAAAGGCUGUUCUCCGUAACAACAGAUUUACUUUAAAAUUGAAAAGGAACAGUACUCUGCUGGUUGUCAGGCCAACAAUAGAACCUUGAGUAUUUUACCAGUCAUAGAACUAGACAUUCUAAUUCUGUGAUGCUGAUUGAAGUCCUUUGCUAUUUCUAACCACAGUGGGAUUUGAACUUUCAUAGGCAUACAGCAUUUAUUUAAUCAAUCAUUCUAAGCUAAUUACAACAGAACAGAUUGCCAUUGAGAAUAUGGUUGAAGGUACACCCACGCAUUUCUGUUAAGGAGCCCUUAGGUUCCAUGUAAAUCUGACAAAGCCUUUUACUUGUGUCUAGUCUUGAUAAUUGCUUCAGCUCCAAUAAGUCAAGCAGUGAAGUGUCAUCUCAAAUGGUGGCCUACUCAAAGUGUCUUUCAUCAAAUAUGAGUAAAGGGGAAUGAAAAGUAUCAGAAUGUACAGAACGUAAUUUAACAGACCUGUAAUAAAUGAUCUGAGUCAGGUAUAUGGAGUUGUCUGGAGUGAUGAGGACAAACAAGGCACUAUUUUAUUCCACAGAGAAUGACAGAGUUGCCAGCAUUGCAACAUUCCAACAUUGAAAUAAAUGUUUGU